AUGAAUGAAUCUGAUCCAAGAUUAAUACCAAUUAAUGAUUCGCGUAAAACUUUUCGAAUAAUCUUUAUUUUAGCUAUUAUUAUUAUUAUAAUCUUUGGUAUGCUUGUGGUUUUAUAUAUUAUUCGACAGAGUCCUACUUCGAAAACUAUUCUUGUUGAAGGAGAAAAAACAAACGAGCAUGAAAAGGAAAUUUUUGAUGAUUGUAUUAAUAUUCUUUCGGAAUAUCUUCUUCGUUUCGAUUUUAAUCAAAGUAAUCCUGAUCAUCUUCAACCAAUUUAUAGAGAAGUAAUCAAUACUCUUCAUUAUCUAAGUUCAAUAUAUAAACAUGAUCUUAUUUUAUUUCUCUAUAUGCAUCGAUUAAUUCGUACUGAUAUUCCAUUCGAACAACGACUUAAGUUACAUAAUGCUAAUUUAACUAAUAUUCAAUUUAAAAAUAUCAAUCUUAAUAAUUUAUAUUUACCUGGUGUAAUUGCAUUCAAUGGUCUUUUUUCUCAUUGUCAAUUAAAACAAUCAAAUUUUCAAGGAAGUAUUAUGGAUAAAAGUCGUUUUAUUAGUUGUUCAUUAGAAGAAUCGACAUUUUCAGGUGCGUCAUUAAAACAAUCUUUGUUUACAAAUGAUAAUGAUUUAUCUAAUGUUGAUUUUACAAAUACAGAUUUAUUUCACAGUCAUAUUAAUAUUAAUGGACUUAAUAAUAAAUGCCUUAUAAUUAAUACACGUUUACCAAAUGGAUCUUUUUUUAAUAUUGAUUCAAAAGAAUUAAUUAAUGAUGGUGGAGGUGAACAACAAUGUAAUACUUUACGAAAUGAUCGAUGGCGAAAUGAAUCGGAAUAUCCAUCUUUGACAAUAGCUCAUAGACAAAAUAAUUCAUGCAUUGAAAUGACAACAAUACCUGAAAAUAAUUGUUAUUUUCAAGCGAAUUCAACUAGUCGAUUUAUUCAAGAUAUUGAUUUAAAUCAAUAUUCAACACUUAUUGAUAAUAAUCAAGCUUGGUAUAAUGUAUCAGGUUAUUUAGGUUGUUCUAGUAAUAAUUCAAGUGAUUGGGCUACAGUUGAAAUUCGUUUUGCUAAUGAUCAACAACUUUUUGAGAAUAAUCCAAUACAUGGUAAUGAUCUUUCUAAUUAUUUUUUUUCUUUUCUUAUCUUUAAUUUGUUAGUUAUUAACUAUGGAAAAUCAUGGAAAUUAUUUUCAAAUAAUUCAUUAAUUCCAAUUGGAAUACGUACAGUUCGAAUUAUGAUUGGAGCUUAUAUUACAAACUCAUCGAAAGGCUCACUUUCAUGUUGUGCAAUUGAUGAUAUUAAUUUUAAUAUAUUUUACAAAGGUGAAAAGAAAUUAACAUAUUCGUAG